AUGCAUUUUGUACCACGUUAUACGCUUGCGGGGCUAGCGUUAGCAGCCACCGCCCUGGCUCAGCAGUCCGGGGGAUACUACAGUGGCAAUGGGAAUCCAUCUAACGGCCAAGGCCCUGGAGGGAAUUCAAGAUCCGGAUUUGGCGGCUUCGGUGGAAAUUUCGAUUUCGACGAGGCGACCCGCAUCAGAGCAAUCCAUGGCAUCCUCGGAGCCGUCGCCAUGGCUGUCCUCUUCCCGAGUGGUUCGAUGCUCAUGCGCCUGUUCCCCGGUAAAGCUGGACUUUGGUUGCACUCUAUCAUGCAAAUAAUCGCCUUGGGCAUCCUGGUAGCCGCGGUUGCGCUCGGGAUCCGUCUCGUGCAGCAGAUGCGAGAAUUUGGCAUUGAUCUGAUUGGCAACGCCAACACCAACAGCCACUUCAUCAUCGGCCUAGUCGUCCUGAUCUGUCUGCUCCUGCAGCCCGUCUUUGGCCUUCUCCACCACGAAAAGUUCAAGCACACUCACCAGAGGCAGGUGUGGUCGUAUCUGCAUUUGUUCAACGGGCGAAUUUGCAUCACGCUGGGAAUCAUCAACGGCGGGCUCGGGUUGUGGCUUGCCGGCGCGGCUGAGAGUCUCAAGGUGGGCUAUGUCGCGGCCGCGGCGGCGAUGUGGUUGAUCUGGAUGUCCCUGGCGCUGUGGUCUGAGUUGAAGCGCUGGAGGGCGCAGAGACCGCCCUCCUCGACGCGAAGGAAGCCGAGGGAAGGUGAAGUCGCAUUCUAG